AUGCGAUCCUUACCUGAAAAACGAAAUCCAUUGGUCGCGCCUGGCGCGGCGCCGUCAUAUGAAGAGCUGCUCAACCGAAGGCGGCUCGGUAAGACAAAGUUGACCGUGAAGCCCGGGCAAGUUGGGACGUCGAACGCGACAAAGGCAGAAAAUCUGGGACCUUUCGAAUAUGCACAUCUUCGCGCUCCUCUCCCAGAUGACCUCACUGGUUCCGAGAUUUUUUCAACUCAGCAGAAUCAACCUCAUCCGGAAACAUACUUUCUCAUGAGGAGGAGCAAGGACGGUUUCGUGAGCGCUACCGGCAUGUUCAAGAUCGCAUUCCCUUGGGCGGCUCAUGCCGAAGAGAAAGAAGAGCGCGAUUAUCUCAAAAGUCUCGAUGCCACGAGUCAGGACGAAGUUGCAGGCAAUGUCUGGGUAGCCCCGGAGUUUGCCCUCGAAUUGGCCGCGGAUUACGGUCUGACUGAAUGGAUUCGCGCCCUGCUCGACCCAGCCGAGAUCUCGCAAGCACCUUCAAGCUCCAAAAAGCCGAUUAGUGCGCCUCCCAGGUUUGAUCUCCCAACGGGCCAGACCAAACUGCCACCUCCCACCAAGACACCCCGUUCGAGAGCCACAAGGUCGGCCUCCCCAAGCAAAACAGACACCGCAAGUAAGGCAAAAUCGUCGCCGAAAAAGAGACAAACAAAGGCACAGAAGGAAGCCAACAUUGCUCAUGCCAAUGCCGCCAGCGCGACUCUGCAGUCUGCACUGAACGAUGCAGCAUCCGUCGCACCUACGAAAAGGAAAACUGGCUCGCCCACCAAACUGCCCACCGAAUCGGACUCCAACGAAGACAUGGUCAAGGUCCAGGUGGAUCAAACAGUCGACGUUGGUGAGACUACGGAGACCACCCACUCGAGAGUGACGGUCGACAUGCCAUCAGCAUCGCCUGAGCUCCCUUCACCCGAAGACACGGAGAAGAUGUUGGAAACGGCAAGGAAAAUGGUGGAGGAAGCCAAGGCCCUGGAGCCCGUUCCGAAAGCCUCUAAGAAGCGGAAGGCCCCCGAACCCGAACCGUCCGAUGUCGACGCCGAGAUGCCCGUCCAGCCAACGAAGAAGGCGCGGGUGCUGCAGGAGAAGUUGAAGAGGGAGAAAGUGAGGAACAGGGCUUUGAUCGGUCUCACGGCGACCUUGACUAUCGCUGCUGCCAUUCCUUACUUCUUUUAG